UUCACGAAGGAGUUAUGUCUACAAUGAUUGGUAGUGAAAUAAAUCGUGAUAACAAUUGUAAUUCAGAUGUAGAUCAGCAGAAAAUAAUUGAAAGACAUACAGAUAAAGAAUUUAGGAUGCAAGAUACUAAUAAAAAGCAUACCGUACAUUGGUUUAGAAAGGGUUUAAGACUUCACGAUAAUCCUUCUUUGAAAGAAGGACUUGCAGGUGCUUCAACCUUUCGCUGUGUCUUCGUAUUAGAUCCUUGGUUCGCUGGUAGUACAAAUGUCAGUAUCAAUAAGUGGAGAUUUCUCUUGCAAUGUUUGGAAGAUCUCGAUCAAUCGUUGCGUAAACUUAAUUCUCGUUUGUUUGUAAUACGGGGCCAGCCGGCAGAUGCGCUGCCAAAACUUUUCAAAGAAUGGGGCACCACUUAUUUAACCUUCGAGGAAGAUCCUGAGCCUUAUGGACGUGUACGUGAUGAGAAUAUUACAACACUGUGUAAAGAACUCGGUAUUACUGUCAUUCAGAGAGUUUCACAUACUCUAUACAAGCUUGGCGAAAUUAUUCAAAUGAAUGGUGGUAAAUCACCGCUAACUUAUCACCAAUUUCAAAAUGUUAUUGCACAAAUGGACGCACCAGAAUAUCCAGCGAUGACUGUGACAGCUAACUGCAUCGGAAGUGCUUAUACACCUUUCAAAGAUGAUCACGAUGAUUUUUUUGGUGUACCAACUCUUGAGGAAUUAGGCUUUGAUACUGAAGGACUUAUGGCACCUGUAUGGGUCGGUGGAGAGAGUGAAGCUCUCGCUCGGUUGGAACGACAUCUUGAGCGUAAAGCCUGGGUUGCAAGUUUUGGAAGACCAAAAAUGACUCCUCAGUCAUUGUUACCCAGUCAAACUGGGCUAUCGCCUUAUCUACGUUUUGGAUGUUUAAGCACAAGACUAUUUUACUACCAACUUACAGAUUUGUAUAAAAAGAUAAAGAAAACUGUUCCACCGCUUUCAUUACAUGGACAACUACUUUGGCGUGAAUUUUUUUACUGUGCUGCUACAAAAAAUCCAAAUUUUGAUCGAAUGCAUGGUAAUCCAAUGUGUGUACAAAUACCAUGGGAUAAAAAUGUCGAAGCUCUUGCAAAAUGGGCAAAUGGUCAGACAGGCUUUCCUUGGAUUGAUGCAAUAAUGACUCAGUUGAGGGAAGAAGGUUGGAUUCACCAUUUGGCUCGACAUGCAGUUGCGUGCUUUUUAACUAGAGGUGAUCUUUGGAUUUCGUGGGAAGAAGGUAUGAAGGUAUUUGAUGAACUAUUAUUAGACGCUGAUUGGUCCAUAAAUGCAGGAAUGUGGAUGUGGCUUUCAUGCAGCUCGUUCUUUCAACAAUUUUUUCAUUGUUAUUGUCCCGUUCGUUUUGGUAGAAAAGCUGAUCCAAAUGGAGACUACAUUCGGCGUUAUUUGCCUGUGUUGAAACAUUUUCCUACUCGGUAUAUCCAUGAACCAUGGAAUGCACCUAUGAGUACUCAGCGAACAGCUAAAUGUAUAAUUGGACAGGAUUAUUCAUUACCAAUGAUAAACCAUAACAAAAGUUCACGCAUCAAUGUUGAGCGUAUGAAGCAAGUUUAUCAACAACUACAAGUGUCCAUCAAAGGAGAAACAAUAGGUUUACUUAGUAUAGUACCGAUUCGUUCACCGCUUAUUUAUGAUCAACAGGACGAUGAAAAAAAUGCAAGAACAAACUUCGUCGAAUAUUGAACAAUAGUUCAAUAGAGAAAAAUCUAAUACAAAAUAUUCUACCUAAAAUAGAUUAAAUAUAGGAUUAUUCAGUAUUAUGUGUCCUUAGGACUAUCAAUGGAUUUUUAUUUACAUUUUCAGUGACUGA